GCUAUAGGGAAGAUUAAGCGCGCGCACGCACCACUGCAACGUGCAUACAACAUCCUCUGUGCAGAAUUAGAUAAUUAUACAAAUAAUAAGUUAGUGUUACAGAUAGCUGUUAAAGCUCUAAAUAAUAUAAUAAGACUAAACAGUCUUAUACCUACAUUGCUUAUGUUUAAAACGUACCUAAGAAUUAACAUAGAUUCUGCACUAUCCUCUAAUAUUAUUACGCAAGCUAACGCUGUACAAAAGGUGAUAAAGAUGCUUUAA